UGGCAGGUUCUGUUCUCCACACACACAUACACAAGAGUGUUGUUGAGCGAUAAAGGACAUAGAAUAUAGAACUGGCUGGAAUGGAACCCACCAUUAAGAAUUUACAUCUAUAAAAUCUCCUUGAGAUUCAACCUGACUGCAAGCGAAACUACUAUUCGGACAGUAUCUUCUUUCUCGUUUGGAUAACGAAAAACUAAAAAACAGCGCUAAAACCUUCCAUCAACAUGGCCUCCGACGACCUCCCGAUAUUUGAAGGGAGCUUACUCGGACAGAGCCACAAGGUGGAGGCCUUGCUUGGAAAGGGCGGCUUUGGUUUUGUGACCAAAUGCCGCAACCUUGAAACGGGCAAGGCGGUGGCCGUCAAGGUCAUCAAGGAUCUCCCCGGAGAAGCUGAACAGACGAAGAUGGAAAUUGACAUCCUGAAGCGGCUGCGGUGUCUGGAUCCAGACGCUUGCAACAUCGUGAGGUGCAACGGAUUUUUCCUCGACAACGAUCUCACCUGUCUCGUCUUCGAGCUCCUGGAUCAAAGCCUGUUCGAUUACAUGGAGGAAAGACGCAAUCGGGGUCUUCCCGUGACAGAGCUGCGACCCGUCGUGCACCAGCUGGCCACGGCCUUGACCCACCUGAGCUCCAUCGGAAUUGUGCACGCGGACAUCAAACCAGAAAACAUUAUGGUUGUGGACCGCCGGCAGCAGCCUCUGAAAGUCAAACUGAUUGACUUUGGCCUGGCGUUUCCUGCGUCUACUGCUAAGCCUGGAGUCUGUCUGCAGACCACCUGGUACAGAGCGCCAGAGGUCAUGAUGCACAUUCCUUUUAAUGACGCCAUUGAUAUGUGGUCUCUGGGCCUUGUAGCUGCAGAGCUGGCUACAGGGUACCCCCUCUACCCUGGGGAGAUGAACUAUGAUGUGCUGAGCUUCAUCAUAGAGACUCAGGGCCAGCCAGCUGACUAUGUGCUGGACCGUGGCGUGUGUACCGAGUACUAUUUCCAGUACGAAAGCAAUAGCGAGCAGCACUGGAGAUUCAAAACGCCAGAGGAGUACGACCCGGGGUUAUACUCUGAGGACACGAGAUACACCAAGCUCACGUGUCUUGAUGACCUCGAGCAGCUGAUGAGCGGAGGACAGCAGAGCGAUCAGCGUCUGUUGGUGGACCUGAUCAAAAGGAUGCUGCAGCUGGACGCUGACCAGCGCAUCAAACCCCCGGAGGUUCUGCAGCACACGUUCUUUGCUCCCAGUCUCCCUCAGAGCUCCCCUGCCAACAUCUGCAUAGAGAUGAUGGACACUGAAGAGUCGACACCUGAAGUCAGUCAGCAGCCUCCCUGCUGUCUGAUAACAGGACCUGAGAUACUCCAGUGCAGGGUCGAAAGAACAACAGCCUACAAGGCUGUAGAAGCAGAGGAGAACACAGAAGAGGUGGACGUCCGGCCUGAGAACGACGGCUGUUUAUGCCGCUUCUUCAGAGCGAUAACACACGCCUGUUACUUCAACUGCACCUACUUCUUCACAGCGGUUACACACGCCUGUGACUUCUACUGCAACUGCACCCUGUCAGCUACAUCCUCAGUUUGAUCAAUUGAUCUUCUGCAUUUCUUUUGUAAUAUAUUCUUAGUUAUUUUCUCCUAAUUCUAAUACAUGUGUAUCUUCCA